AUAUUUAAGUGCAAGCGCAAGAAAACAAAACAAAACAGUACAGUAGCAUACUGUACUUUCGUUUUGAACUACCGGUUGACUAAAUUAAAUCUCACACUGGGUGUGUUCACGGAGAUCUGACCAGUUUAGCAAAUUAUCUUCUAAGAAUGAUCUCCAUGAACGCACCCAUUGGUUAAAUUGGUCAGAAUCUGCGUGAAUGAUCUCCGUGAACGCACCCACUGACACCAAUACCACUCAGGAAGUUACGUCAAGCACUGUGUGUUAGGAAGAAGGUCGACUGAUGGUAGAACUGCGUCACAACUUCUGAACAGAAGACGUGACAAUUGAAAAAGAGAAUGUCAUUAUUUGAAGACCUGUCGGCGUCUGGCAACACCACGGAGAUGUCAAACUUUGCUCAUGUGAUUUUUCAAAAUGUGGCAAAAAGCUACCUUCCACAUGCUGCUCUGGAGUGUCAUUACACUCUGACCCCACACAUCAGGCCUCAUCCGAAAGACUGGGUUGGCAUUUUUAAGGUUGGCUGGAGCACAGCUCGGGAUUACUAUACUUUUUUGUGGUCACCUCUUUCAGAAAAGUAUGUAGAAGGAACAUCAGUUAACUGUGUGGUGGUAUUUCAAGGUUACUAUGUUCCAAACGAUGAUGCAGAGUUCUAUCAGUUCUGCUAUGUCACGCAUAAAGGUGAAAUCCGAGGAGCCAGUACGCCAUUCCAGUUCCGAGCUACCUCCCCUACAGAUGACUUGCUGACCAUGGAAGACGAAAGCAAUUCUGAUAUACUGGUUGUGACCACCAAGGCUGGCAUGCUUGAGUAUAAAAUUGAAGAAGCGGUAAAGGAAAAAGAAGAGCUAAUGAAGGUGAUGUCUUUGCUGCAAAAAGAAAAAGAUCAGCUUGAAGAACAAGCUGAGAAGCUGGGGAAGGUCGUAGAUCAAGAAAAGGAGAUGUGUGCACAGAUCAAGAAGGACUACCAGGAUAUUCUCAAUGAAUCACAAACUCUUAAGGAUGAGAACGAAGAAAUUAAGAAAAAGUACGAGAAUGCUACUUCUCGAAUUCUCCAGUUGGAAGAUGACCUAAUUGGGGUGUCCCAGAAAGCCAUUGAGAAGGAGACUGAAUUAGACAGCAUUCGAGGCAGACUGAAGAAGCUAAGUCUGGAGAAAGAACAUUUGGAAUCUCAAUUAAAAAAUGAGAAAGAUGAGAAAGAACUGUAUAAGAUUCACCUGAAGAAUACAGAACUAGAGAACACAAAGCUGACUGCAGAGGUACAAACAUUAAAAUCAGUUGAAAUAAAGAAAGAAAACAUGCUCACACAGUUGAGAGAAGAGCUGGGCAUGCUGAAGAUGUGCAUAGCAGAAAAAGAGAAACUGCAAAAAGAAAUGCUGACUGCGUCCUCCACCAAGGCUGAGACUGGAUUUUUGAGGGAACAGCUUCGAAAGAGUGAGGAUCAGCUUCAGGCCACAAGGCAGGAAGUGUCCAUGUUGGCAGCAGAGCUGAGAGAUGUUUUCAGUGUUCGGGAUAGAACCAUGUCUGACCUGUACACUGCACGCCUGGAGAUAGAUUCUAUGAAGAAGAGUCUUGUUGAUGCUGAAGCACAGUGUAAGGCUACGGAAGGAAUGUUGCAAAACAUGAAAGCUGCAGCAGAAAAAAAUGAAAAGGAGGGUCCAGUUAAUAACAGCAUGGUGGAACAAGAGCUGCGUAGAGAAGUUGAAGAUUUAAAACUUCGACUUCAGAUGGCAGCAGAACAUUAUAAAGAGAAGUACAAGGAAUGUCAGAAACUUCAGAAGCAAGCAGUGAAGCUCACUGAACAAGCGGAGUCAAAGAAAACUACAGUUGCAUUCAGCUGUCAACCAACAGAAACAGCAGCAAAUCCUGAUACUGCUGGAGCAGUGAGUACCCCUGCAGUCAGCCCAGCUUCAUCUAAUACUGUGCUUGACCUGCUCACUCAAGAAAAAAUACAAGUAAUGAAUAAAGAAAUGUCUGAACGAAACGACAAGUACAAAAAAUACAAACAGAUGCUGACUGAGGAGAAACAAAAAAGCAGUAGGUAUGCAGAUGACUUGGCCAGGAUGGAGAUGAAGUGGAAGGAACAGUUCAAAAUAAACGAAAGCUUAAAACUGCAGUUGGCUGCAGAUGAAGAUCGUUAUCAGAGUCGAGUGGCUGAAAAGGGGAGGGAAGUGAAUAAGCUAAAAGAAAAUCUGGAAUUGGUUUUUAAAGAGAACAGGAAACUAGAGGAGGAGCUACAGAAAAAAAUAGAAAGCCAACUGGAAAGAGUAAGUGAAGGGCAGAGUUCCCAGGGUGCAAUGCAGGUUGGAGUGACUCAGCCAGUGGUCCUGCAGUACCCGAUUCCAUAUUCACCAGAAAUCCUGCCAGCCAAUCUGGUAGCAGUGAGACCCCCUGAACUGCACUAUGGAAAUCCCUAUUCCACUCAGCACAAGAGAGAUGGAGCAGAUGGUACAUUUUCUUCAGACCAGAUCCACAGACCUCCCAUAGGAGCCCCCUUUUUGGACAGCAACGUAGUUUGCAUUCAGCCAGCACGCAACCUAAGCAGGCCUGAUGGACUUGAAGACCCUGAAGAGCUUAGCAAUGGUGAGGAUGAUGCUGAGACUGUGCAGUCAGCAGCCAGCGACACAGGACAUUCCCUGCUUCAGGAUCGUAGGGCUCGCUUCUGCUUUGAUUCAAGCAUUGAUGUUCAUAAGAAGUGCCCACUCUGUGAGGUCAUCUUUCCUCCUAAUUAUGACCAGAGCAAGUUUGAAGAGCAUGUCGAAAGCCAUUGGAAAGUGUGCCCCAUAUGCAAUGAGCAGUUUCCACUAGACUAUGACCAGCACGUUUUUGAGAAACAUGUGCAAACCCACUUUGACGGAAAUGUUUUGAACUUUGAUUAAGUAGGAGAAUUGUUUAGUGUUUUUGCUAAAUUAGGUCGGAGGAAUAUAGGAAUAUGUUGCAUAUACUGUCAAGUACUUUUUUCCAUCAAGCUUUGAACUUGAACUAACAUCUUGCAUGCGUUUAUUAUUUACCAGGCUGAAUAUUUAGGGCAUAAAAUAAGAUGUUAUAAUGAGAGUAGUGUAUCGGUAUUUGGGAUAAACUGCAUAACUUGUGAAAAAGAGUAAGACUUAAAAGGUAAUUUUUACAGUACACAUAAACGCUGCUGUUAAAUAUACAUGGCUAUACUGAGUAAGAUCAAUUAUAUUCUUUUGGAGGAAAAUAAGGAGGCAUUCUUUAGGAUUCUACUUCAUGAAGAGGUCAUAGGCUUCUCGAUGUAAUAAUCAAUAUCGAAAUGUUCCUGCUGAGUUGACUGAUGCUGAUUUUAUUGGCACUGAUAAAUUAUUAUUUGCAGCACCUUGGGCAUAAUUUUACAGAGCUAUGAAACAUGCAUUGCUUGUUUCUAUUUUAAAUGUAUUCUAUCCACUUAUUGUUGCUUUGAUCAUUUUAUGUUUAAACUGUUUGUAAUAACUGAAAUGUAUAAAGCAGUAUUUUUACAUUUCAUUAUUUUCCUUAUUAAUGGUAUAGGGUGUACUGCAUUUGUUCCCCAAAAUAAAUACAUUUAGCUUUGUCA